AUGGAAUCCCAACGAGUACUAUCAUCGCCGUCGAACGGCGGAGAUGACACCGAGACGGAUUCGAUCAGUUGUUACGUGGCCGAUGGGACUGAUCCGGUAGACCACGACACUCCCGGAGUCCACUAUCGGCUCCACGGUGGGCAGGACCCAGCAGAGCAGGACCAUUUGCGAAAGGGUCUGAACCGCAUCUCUAGCGAUUCGGCGUCCACUUACGAAAUUGUUGACGCCGGCAGCCCGCAGUCACCCGCGUCCGACGCGAGCGAUGGCCACGGGGUUGAUGGGGAUGACGACGAUGACGGUGAACAGGACGAGGAAGAGGAGGACGAGAUGUGGAGCAACAUUGUGCGCAUAAAUCAAGCGACGAACGCGACGGUGGCCGAGUUGGCGGCAGGCGGCAGCCCCGGAGAUGACGACGAGGGUCUGCUGGUGAAUGAAAUCGAGUACGAAGUGCAGGAGGCCAGUGGGUCCGACUGUGAACCAUCGAACCGUGACGGAAACGGUGAAAAAGUGCAGCGAAAACGGUUCGAUCUAGCACGCUCGUCCACGAAGGAAGAGAAGCAACGGCACAACGAGGAAAUACUGAUCAUGAAAUCAAACUCGCUCUCCUCCGAUACGACCACCGCUACUAACUCGUGGGAACCAGUCAGUGUGGACACCUGCACGGCCGGAGCUGUUGCUGUUGCUGCUGCUGGCACUGAGGCUGAAGAAAACGAGACGAAGGAGUACCAGGAGUCGGAAAGGAUCGUUGACAGCUCGCUGCCAUACAGUGCUCCCACGAAACCAUGCUUUAUAGAUGCGUCAUCGUUGUUCGAUGAUGACGAGGUGGUGUAUCCUUCCUUCCAGGAUACCAGCGUUGGAGCACACGGUCAAUCGCAACAGCACUGGGCACGACCGGCAUCAUCGGCAGGAGGAAACAGUGUCCAGCUAGCGACGAUCCUGUGUGAUGACGAGAAACUAUCGCGCUCAGCAGCAAACGUAAUCGAGGAACAACCUGUGGUGGCUGUAGAAGUGAAGGAUCAGUUCUCCGCCGGACCGGCGAACGAUUUGCUCGUGUCCAAAUUGAGGCUAACGGAGGCAAAAGAUUUGGCGGAAACGUGUGUGGAUGGAUGCGAGCGUGAGGAGGUGCUCGCACGACAGGAAGCCGAAAGGAAGCAGGGAUUAUUUCUUUUUCAGAACUCGAUCCAACAGUACUCGGGCCAUCUCAUAGAGUCGGGCUUGCAAUUCGCUCCGGAGGAAAACUAUAGCGACCUUUCUUUGCCCAGCGUGUACUCAUCGAGUAGCGAGCCCAACUACGGCGAGUACAGCUCGUUAACGAUUAGCGAUAAUCAACGUUAUUCACUUGGAGCGACGGCCGGUGGAGUUGUGGCCGACGAUGAAAGGACGGGUGGACGGAUGGACAGUUUUCGUGGAGGUGGGACCAGUACUAGCGGAUACAACUCCAGUUCCGCCGACUAUAGUAGCCGCACGCAGGCGACCAGCGACGUCGAGUCGACAUCCCACUAUCCAAAUACACCAUUCAAUUCGAUCGUGCACGUAACGUCGUCUGCGGCCAUUCCACAGCAACUUGCGCUUCAUCGACAGCUGCAUGGGGAUGAUACCGGCAAUGAAACGAGCCGGGCCAGUUCGGUGGAUCGCGAGUCACAUUCGACCCCCAUCAGGAUUCCAAAGCGGCUGCAAAAGCACGACGAAUCUGCUCCUAUAGUGUCGGGCGGAGCGUCUAUCGAAGAUUUCACACCGAAACAAUGCGAGAGCCCUUCGAUUCGCCGGCGAACCGACACCUGCCCGAUCGUGUCCGGCGGUAGCAUCAGCUUCGAUGAUCCCUCCGAGGACCGGCUGACAUCGAGGCAACUCAGCAAAAGCGGCUCGGGAAAGUCAUGGGUCGUCGAUCUGAAAAACUGUCCUGACGAUGAAAAGUCGGCGGCUAUGCAUUCGCUCGAGCACUCGGGCCAGCGGAGUCUCGGAUUUUUCGUCGAUUUGGGCAGUCUUAAGACGCCGGAGGAGGAAAAGGCGAUCACGGUGGUAAGCAAACCGCGCACGGCUCGGUCCGAGUUGAUGAAGAAAUCCACAGGGUUCUAUAUCGACCUUUCGGACGAUGGUAGUGAGAGCACGCGCAGUGCCACGCCAAAGCUGGGCGUUGGAAAACAGGAAACUCCUCCACCAUCAGCAUCCGCACUGACCGGAUCGUCGCGCGGGGAAUCGGUGGAGAAACAAACAGACCGGAAGAAUAUGUUCUCAAUGUUCAUCGACUUUGGGGCAGAUAGCGCUACCGGAAGCGCCACGAAUGCCGGCAAACCCAUCGCCAUGCCGAGGAAGCUUUCGAUGCCGCAACCAGUGCAAGCGGAAACUGCCAACGGCAGAGAGACGGUGCGUCCCAGCAGCCUAGGGCCCACGGGUGAUGAGACGAGUAAGCCUUACUACAUGUUUAUCGGAUCGGCAGAUGCUCAACCACCGGUGGUUCGUCGGCCAAACGGAAAUACCGUUAAUAGCGGCGGUGGUGCCAGACACGAAUCGAAACGCCAUUCAUGGAAUACAACCGUCGGUGAGGUUGGUACUGGUAUCGCUGCAGGAGCGUUCCAUGAGCGACGAAUCGCCGGCAACAGUGCCUACCAGCGAUCGACAAGCGUAACAAGCGAUCGAGGCAUCAUGAACAUUCUGGACAAAAUACCGCUUUUGUCGAAGACUUCCAGCAUGUCGAUCGACUCCUCCGUGUCACCGUUUGAGGAUUUCACCUGUUCUAAGUCAGAGCUGAGCACUUACUCGAACCACUCGAUAUCUUCCAACUCGGGCCACUCCAGCAACGAAUCAAAGGUGUCUCCGAAAGAUGUUCCCGGUCAGCCAGCGGACGUUCCCGUUGAAGGUGCGAUGGUAUCAUCUGUGAAGAAGAAGCGGAAGGACGCAAAAAUUAACGAGACAUUCGAUAAGAGCAGCCAGGGUUCGGUGACUGACGGGAUUCUUUCAUCGAACGAGGACGGCUCUCCAACGUCCACUACGACCGACACAGACGAUGUGACAUUUCAGAACAAUCCAAACGAAGAAGAAACGUUACUACUGCAACCCACCAGUGCGCACGUGGUUGAAUGUCAACCGCUGAAACUACCUCCCGCAGAGGAACCAAUCAAACUGUCCACCAUUACCACGAGCUCGAGCAGCGUCGGUAAGCAGAUGGAAACUAUCGUUGAGGCACUAGAAAGUUCUCCUCGCCAUGUGGCCAAUACGACAACGCGCGGCAAAGCGCAGCACACUAUGGAAACGCUGCAUGCUACGAUCGAAAAGCAGAAGCAACUGCUCGAAACGGUGUCCGAGAACGUCGAGUCACACGCGUCAACGACCACUUCCUCUUUCGUUAAGUUAUCCGACAUGGAUAAACCACCAUCAGCAGUGAAUCAGCAGGCGGCCAAGUUCGAGCUACAUUCGAACGGUCUCAGUAGCGCUGGUGGUGGAGGAAGCAACAUGUCAAAUUCAGCCGGUUCCAGUCGAGUUGCGCGGUUGUUCGAGUGUCAAAAGUACAACACGAUUGGGUCGGCAAUCGGUGCUAGCAGCCAAUCCGCUAGGCAGCAGCAGCAGAAGACAUCGAACUUCUACCACUCGAACGGUGGGGUCGCGUCGAUGGAGCGGCACUCGUGGAAUAUGUCUCGCUCGACUGGCAACAACUUCGUCAGCCUCAUCUCGUCGUCGGUGGAAAACUCCCGUUCACUGAGCCGACUGUUUCCGCAUCUGACGAAAGCUUUCAGCAACAGUCUUCCCUCGGACGUUGGAAUGAACGGUACCGGUGGUCGUGGUGGUCAAGAUGGCAGCGAUAUGAUGCAUUCGGACUUUUCCUGCACAUCGAGCAUCACAUCGAGUCGGUCGGGUAUCGAAUCUAUCGAUGAGUCAAUCUCUAGCCGGCAACCGCGCCGCUUGGGUGAGGAUUUGCUGAAGAUGUUCCUUCAGGAGAUUGCCACCGACGUGACGAUAGAGGUCGAGACGAAGAAGAUGCGGGCGCACAAGUGCAUCCUGCGAUCACGCUGCCAGUACUUUGCGGCAAUUCUCGCUGGGAGUUGGGUGCAGAAUGCGGGUAACGUGAUCACGCUGCCGGGCUAUUCGUAUGCGGCGGUGCACUUUGCGCUAUGUCACAUCUACUCUGGUGCCUCCCAUCCACCGGAAGGCAUCAGUCUGAUGGAGCUGGCCGCAUUGUCCGAUCUUCUUGGUCUCGAAGGGCUGAAGGAGGUGACGGCUUACGCGUUGAAAACCAACUAUUGCCACAACUUUCACAAGCCCUGCGUUGGUUGCACCGACGGCGUGUUGCAAGUGUUACCUGUAACGCUGAACCACGGACUGGACGAUCUAUACCGCAAGUGUUUGAAAUGGGUUUGCAGGCAUUACGUGAAGAUUUGGUCGCAAAAGCAAUUCUCUCAGCUCCCGCUGGAUGUCGUGCAUCGAUGCAAGCAACAAAUUGUGGCCCAUCUCAGUUCCGAAAGUGUCCUUACGACAAUAUUGGACAGUGAGCAGUUGCUGACGCUGCUUCACCCUUACAAAUGGUCGAUGGAGGUAGAGAAUGUGGUCCGUGACAUACUAGAAGCGGCGUAUGACUACAUAGCAGAUCACUUCGCGUCGCUUUUGGCUAGCGAUAGUUUUCUUUCCCUUGGGCAAAAUUAUCGCUGGGCUAUUCCACACGUGGAACCAAUUCUCUUGCCAGCUGCGAAUAACCUCAGUGCCGACCAGGCUUGCAAGAGCUACCCAAGGGCAACUCGUUUACAGAAGUUGUUGCAGGCAAAGGUGCUCACGGUGACGACCACGACGUCGACUCCGAUGUCUUCCAGCGACAAUACGAACAUUGUGAAUGUGUACGAAAAACAAACAAAGGGCAAUGAUGGUGGAAGUCGCAAAGAAGUCGAUUACAAUUUGCAAGAGGAAGAGAUGGACUGGUGUGAUGAGUUCGUGAGCAUGGUGAACGCUAUCUUGUCCGCUGUGGAGCAGUGCUUAAUUCGUCAAUGUGCCCGCGCGAUGCGUGUUAGUUCCUGGCUGCGAAUGGACGUCGAACUGCGGAACAAGAUCCAGAAGCUGGCGUGUCUGAUGGAGACCACGGAUGAACGCAAAUCACGGUCGCGCUAUUCGUUCUCCUCCCAAACGUCGUCCUCGUCGUCAGUUCAUUCGCGCUCGAACGACAUGCGCCAAGUGCGCCUGGCCAUACAGGCGCACACGAAGCGCUUGUUCGAGAAUGGGCAGACCAAUUCGAAUUCCAACAACAAGACACAACAAACGCAAACGUUCACGUUACACCAAAACGAUCUUAACGCCGCGCUACUGAGUUCUCACAAACUGGCCAAGCACUUUGCUGCUCAUGAAGCGAAUGGUACCCUUAUGGCGACAACGCACGAAACAGAACGAGAGCGAACAAAGCAUCAGCUGGGCAACUACGAAAAUGGGCGCGUUUUGAAAACAUCUUCGAAGAGCCACAUUCCUGAAGGUGGUAAAAAGACUAUCACUCUGACGAAUGGACGCCAGGCGGCUAAUGGUAUGCGAGCCGGUAUGGUCGGUAAAGCAGCUCCCAUUUCUCACUCUACCGCUCAUAAAAGGUCACAGUCUGAAGAUCAUGCAAAUUUAAAACCUGUCGCCACGUCGGGUAAGACGGAAACCGUAAAUAGUCUGCGCACGAAGCUAAGCAACGUUAAGCCGCGCUAUCUGGAGCCGAAGAAACCGAAAAAUGCGGCAAAUUUGCACGCGCAGAACAAUAUUUCUUCUAGUGGUAGCUCAACGCGAACCUCGAGUCCGGCGAUGGGCCAUCGGAAGUUAACCUCAAAACUACAGCAACAAAAUCACGGCCACGAAUCAAACCUUUCGCUCGAUAGCCUCUCGUCUCCGGCAAAAAUGCGAAAUGUGAACAACGCAUCGAUAAAACCAUCUCGUGCGGCAAUUGGGGAUAUGGAUGUUUCGAUCGAUUCACUGGCGGAGUCGAUGAAAUCACACUCUAUCAAGACGAGCAACACGCUUUCGCACGAAUCGCUCAUUUAUCAGGAGUACUUCAAACCGAAAUUGAUCAAUGCUGUCGAUCAGCCCCAACCGGUUAAGAACGGGCUACACGCGAACAAGGAUAAGGAUCUCCACCGAGAGAAGCGUCCGGGCAGUGGCAAAUCUGCCGGCGGAUCCACUCGGACGGUACUAAGUACCCGAGACACGGGAGGCAUUAAAACGAAUCACUCCACCUCUUCAAUUCCGACAGCGGGGCUUGGUGUGCUGCGUUCUAAUGGCAUUAAUCGUACUGCCUCCUCGGCAAGCGUUGGAUCAAACGCUAGCGGCGGAAUAGGUCUCGUAAAGCGUAGCUUCUUGUCUCAGCGCUCGCGGGAAAUAUUAGCCCGUCGUUCUCACGAGCCAAAAUCCAACUCCACCAACUCGAGCAACAAAUCGGCCGCCUCAUCGCCAAGCUUGCUGCUGACUCGUGACAAGUCAACUGGCAGUGAUAUCACGAAAUCGGGCUCGUCAGCUUCGCUGGCCACACCCAGCACUGGCAGCAGGAAGGUAUUCAACACAACAUUGCAUCUGCGACGUACGGCCAAGGUACCAGAUGGAACCGCAAGUCAGCAACCUUCAACUGGUGUUAGCAACCGCGUUGCUCAUCAUGCAAACCACGAACGAAAGGGUGAAAAGCACUCAUCGAAGGGUGGAGGAUCACAUCGCUCCAAGGGUACUGGUUCAUCGGUGGUAUGCGACACAAGAAUCUCACUGAAAAGCAUUACAAUGGAUAAAAACAUCACUGCUAUACCUCCGGAAGUGUGUUUGAUCGAUAGCCCACCCCAUUUAUCAUCGAUGGUUGGUGGACGCGUCGAAUCGAAACUGGAGCGUUCUAACACGUUUUCCAUGGACGCAUCUGAUAAUCCAAUGGUGCUGCAAAUGCUGGAAUAA